GGUGCGUUGCCGCCCCUAGAAGUGUGAGGUAUGUUGUGAAAGGCGACAAACUUUGUUCCUAAGGUACUUAAACAAGCGUGGCGGACUUUACGACGCGCUGACGUGGUUGUGUGUGGAUGGUUGCUGCAUUGGUCCGUUUCUUAGGCGGUUGAUUAGGCGACUAUGAUUCUGUAUGCUUUUAUUGACGGCUGUCAUUGUCGCAAACACGAUUCAGUACCUGGUAUCCCCCGCACCCAUUACAACGGGAUUGUAUUGUGGCCCAAAGAACUGCCUGGCAUCUUUAUGCCUAAUUAUCCAUAUGUAAAAAAAGAAGCUUUGUGUUGUCCGGUACGACAUAUGAUUUCUAACCUCCUUGGUUUUAUUUUGACGCGAAUACAAAUGCAACACGGCGGGCCGUCCCUGCGCCUGCGCUUCUGUCGAAGUACAUCACCUUGCCGUAUACCAGAAGGAUAAAGACUUGUUAAAAAUAUCAUGGCGGCAGUACAAAGAAGCAACUAUCUCCCUUACCUUCAACAACUCCUCGACACUCAAGGCGACACGGAGGGCGUGGCCAUAGAAAGCGUAUGCGGGAUCUGCCAGGAAAACAAACUAGAUAUUUCGAAGAGCGCCAGGGAAUUUACUUCUUCUAUCGAACCCCCAGAGGAGCAUCUCCAACUACAUCGAAACUUUGUCGAUUAUCUCAAACAUGAUAUCGAACGGACUGUAGUUCUUGCAUGUGGUCAUGUUUUUGGCGAUCGAUGCAUCAGGGGCCUCUUAGCGCAAGGAUCAGACCUCGUCUGUCCGUCUUGCGGGUUUAGAAUGGCAUAUCAAGGCUGCGGCCACGCCAUCGCGCCGGCCCUAAUCCAAGUCGAAGGCAACAAUCCGAUCCGGGACACAUUUCCCCUGACGAUCCCCGAAGGUGCAAGAGACCCGCAAAACUGUAUGGAGUGUAGAUGGAGACACAUUCGGUCGCAUAUUCGGUAUGCUCUUGCCGACGAGUGUAUCUCAUGCCGGCAAAGGACGCUCGCCCACGUGCCUCUAGACGCGGCUGGACACCGCGCACAUAGAGAUCAACAUAUGAGCAUAGGACUUCGACAAUCCCUGGACGACAUCCUAGCGCUUGUUUGGCCCGAGUUCGUGACACGCGAGACAAAUUCGUCCCUAUCGAAGGCUUCAGCUGAAAGUGAGCGCCACCAAAUCCACGUUUCACUGCUAAACGCCAUGGUCCGAUCGGAAAUGGAGGACACAAUUUGGUAUCGCACCAAAGCCGGCAGGUCGACUCACCUAACUAAGGAACAGUUGAGGAGGCAUACCCGCGGGAUGGCAUCGAUCGAGCAGACUCUUCUGGGCUGGCUCAUGGACUCUACUCGAGAGCAGAGACGGAUGUGGUAGAUUAUUGUGUUUGUUAUUAUUAUUUCGCCGAAAGGAUUUCCGGCCUCGGAUGGAGUAGGUGAUUCAGGUUGCAAGGUUUAUAAAUAGGCACUUUGUAUUCAAUAAAGAUAUCAAAACGCUGUCGAUCCCUAGG